GUGGGUAAAUCAGCUCUAACUGUUCAAUUUGUUAGCAGUACUUUUAUCGAAAAGUACGACCCUACUAUAGAAGAUUUUUACAGGAAGGAGAUAGAGGUUGAUGGUCAACCAUGUGUACUAGAAAUUCUCGAUACUGCCGGAACAGAGCAGUUUUCAUCUAUGCGUGAUUUGUACAUCAAGAAUGGACAGGGUUUUGUGGUUGUAUAUUCCAUUACGAGUCAACAAACUUUCCACGAUAUCAAGACGAUGCGGGAGCAAAUCGUACGGGUCAAAGGAACAGAACAAGUACCCAUCCUCCUCGUUGGGAAUAAAUGCGAUCUACAACAUCAACGGCAAGUAAGGACAGACGAAGGAAUUGCGCUUGCUGAGUACUGGUCAUGUCCUUUUACGGAAUGUUCCGCAAAGAAUAAUCACAAUGUGAAUGUGACCUUCGCCGAAAUCGUCCGCGAGAUGAACUAUGUACAAAAUAAGGCUCGAGAAAAUAAAGGUUGUUGCUCGAUCAUGUGA